ACGCCGCACAUAGUUAUUUUGUCAGUUUGCAUAGAAGAAGUGUAAACAAGGGCGCCGAAAACGUUAAACGUCAUAUAUAUUACGUGGUGGAGUACACGACUUCUCUAAUUGCUUCUUCCCGGUGUUCAAACGUUUCACGGACGCGCAUAUAAAUGCCGUGGUAACGUCUAUGGCAUCUUCUUUUCUUCCGGCAUCAGCAUCAGCAAAACAAGUCUAAAGUGUUACGCACCAUAGCCAUCGGAAUAAGCGAAAUUAUAUCAAAUCAAGAUUUAUUUAAUUAUAUCCCGACUUUCGAAAGUUGAUUGAUUAUAUAAUAAACUGUGCUUCUUCAAGUGUGGCUCAAGGGUGAAAAGAGUGAUUAAGCAAACUUGAUUUGCAAACACAUACCCUUUGGAUAAAGUUGUGGUUUUUCUUUGCAAUUUUACUAAAUCGAAUUACGAGUUUACACUUCGAUUUUCCUUUUUCUGCUGCACAUUGACUGAACAGAUCAAUUCCAAAUCAAAAUCCUUUCGCGUUCAACAAAAAUUAUGAAAGCCACCACUUGGUUGUGUCCCAUGUUAACAGUGUUGUGCGCCAGCAGGCUUGUUUGUACAGCGCAGAGAGCAAGUUUUACAAUCGGCUAUCAUCCGUUAAACUAUAUGGCAUCAAAUACGUUGCAGGAUGAUAAUGUUAUUACGAAACGCAACAAACCUUCUUUGUCGAUUGUGAAUCCAUUGGACGUUUUAAGACAGCGUUUGUUGCUAGAAAUUGCUCGUAGGCAAAUGAAAGAAAAUACAAGACAGGUCGAAUUGAAUCGUGCAAUAUUGAAAAAUGUGGGCAAACGCAUGUUUAAUACACCGUCAACUAAUAGUUACACGUGGCAUAAUGUCGUGCGACCCAAAGAACGUGAGCAGCAAGAUGAACUUUAUUAUAAGCAACAAUCAUCGUAUGGGCGAGAAAUGCCUGAAAAGCGGCAUUUGUUAUCGCCUGUAAAUGUCAUGCCCUCAGCAACAAUUUUUGAUUAUCUAAUACGGCCGGGAAUAGAAUAUGAGCAACGAGCCAUAACCACACAAUUACACGAGGCCAAUAAUGCGAAAAAUGAUGAUGAAGUUGAGAGCGACAUUGACGUCGUUAAUGAUGGCAAAACGAAAAUAAGUCAAAUUUCGAAUUCAGCGUUUCUCAAACAUUUUCAACCGACUGACCGUAAAGCUGAUUUAACACAAAGUAUUAUUAAAAAUCGCACCACAUUACAGCAACAACACGAUCCUAAAAACAAUAUCCCAAUUAAAUUUUCGGACUUUGCCUUUAUUGACGAUGGCAGUAAUGAAUCUUUUAAAGAUCCCGUAGUUUUCGACGAAGAUAAUGGCAAUCAUUUAGACUAUCAGACGCAGUAUUUGUAUAACUUGUCACAUGAUAAUGAUUUACAACGUUUAAGAAGUAAAUAAAUUCUUUUGAAAAAA